CGGGAACUCACAUACUGACUCGACUGAAGCCGAAGAGGAGAUUUCGUAGGCCAGAAGAACGCUCCUGUUUCAGGGUUGCUCUAAUAUCAGUUUGUUCUGAGUAUUCUUCUGCAAGGGACUGAUCAUUUACUUUGGGUUUGGUCGGAAUUUUGAGACGAGGUGAUAUUUACUGAACUCUACAUCCUUGGUUAAGUCUAGUGACUGCUUCUAACACCCACAAUGGAAAGCCGACUACGAGCAUGUGCAGUCAUCUUGGCCGGCGUGUUUGUCGCCUGCCUUCUCGCAUCUACCGAGAGUGCAGCUGUUCGUAGUAGCAGAUCAGUAGGAGAUGCGAGCCCAUCUGUUAACCUGUCACGUGUGAAGUUCUGUCGCAGCAGUACGCCCUGUGGCUGGGCAGUCUAUGUGCCGUUCACACGCCGUGUUGACUACUUCAUGAAGAACACGUGUGAGUGCCCAGAAGGGAAAGCCUGCCUGCGGUCUCAUGACGACCUGUCUGUUAGUGCGUACGUGUACCGAUGCCACAUCGACACAUCAGAUCAGGGAGAGGUCGAUGAGCCACACGUUUCCUGAAGCCUUCACCCUCAACCCUUUGUUGCAGCGGAUAAGAAAUGAAGAAUAUACUUUACGUAAUGGUGUCGUCCAGGUGACAGGAACAAAUUCUUAUCAUGGUUGCCUACUUCUGGUGGCGCCCAGCGCCAUCUUGCAGCAAUCCUCAUAACUGCAUCGCUGUCACCAUUAGCUACAUGUGUUUUUUUCCUAGUUCUCUAAAUAUAGAACACAACUAUCGUGUUGCACAAUUCAAGAAUUUGUACAAAAUAAUUCCUAAAUCCAGAAGCGAAUUGUACCUCAUUCUACAGUGCCAUCAUCUGACAGCUUCACGAAAAUCGUUCGCCCGCUCCAGCUAGAAAGACAGAUGUGCCUCGCUUCAAACCGGGCCACGUUGGACCGGUACCAACUUCGACAAACCAAGAGCCUUUAUGUUACAAUUGUUCAAUGUAUCUCACAUAAAUCAGAUCUACUGCGCAGCAUUGAGCUUCGGGUUUAUGUGCCAGCCGAUUGCUGUUUUCUUGUAUGGUUUCAAUUUCAGGACUGUUGGGGCAGUUUAUGCCGACGGUUUUGAAACCCUGGACUCCUAUGCAAGGUGUCCGUGGGGUUUUGGAGAGGAAUGUUCAUUACUAGCAUGCUGCUUUUCGGUCAACACUUUACACUUAGAUUUUUUGUUUUGUUAAAUGGCCUUAUAUGAUUUUACGAUCGUAGAACUGUAACAUACAUAAAUUUAAGCCGGAAUAAUAAUGACAAAUUUGGCCCUGUUCUUAACUAAUUAGGCACUGCUCCAUGAAGACAUGAAGACGUAUGGAGGAGUAGAUGUAAUGGACACAUGUGUUCUUGAUCUCGGGGAAUAAACGCGUCGAAACUUUCUCGCGCGAUGAGAUCCCGGUCUCCAUCAUCAGGAUGGACCUGAUGGUCGAGCCAGAUCUCUGAAUCGUCGGUUUUUAGUUCAACAUUGACGUGGCCGAUCGACCGCGAAAAUUUUAGCUCAAUAACAAAUAAUCAUCAUCCGUUUCUUCCGCAAAAAUUUGCAUAUAGGUAUCGUACGCGAACACUGGUCGUUCCGUUGUGAAUCCCACACUUCGCAUUUGACACAUGUAAGAGGGCACUACUGUCUGAAGGAAUGGGGGCUCGGGAUUGCAGCCGGCCAUCAUAUAAAGCAUGCAUUUGCUUCAGGGUAGCUUUUCAGCGGUUUACUGUGGGGUCAUUGAGGAUAUUUUAAUGGAUAUGGGGUCUUUGUCUGUCGAGAUCUCUAGAAGUGGGAAUUUCUGCGACAGACGUUGUUGCAAACAGCUGGACGAUUUUCGUGAAGCCCUCAAGAGGUAGCGCUGUAUUCAAAUACAGAACAAGAAAUUCAAGAAGAAAAACAAUAUUUUUGGAACCAAUCUGGGUUUUUCGAAUUCCCAGAUUUAGGUCGCCAGACAACACACACCUGAAAAGUCUAUUAUAUCAGCAUUCAUUAACAUUCCAAAAGUGUCGUGAAUUUGGUUUUCUGUGGACGUUCCUGUGUCAGGUUUUAUGAUCACCAUUGCUCAUGUUUAUGAUGAUACGUAUCUGCUAGCCUAUUGCAGUUACUAAGGUAAAUAGUUCACUGCUUAUAGUAAAAAUUCUAAAAGUCACUACCAGACUGGAGGUCAUACUUAUUUUAAAACAAGAAUAUUCCACAGAAUUGCGAUGCAAUACGAUGAGAAUAACAUAAUAUUUAUGUUCUUCGUGCCAGUUCGUAGUUUUUAAUUACUUAACCUUAAUUAUUGUUGUGUGUACAUACUGUAUUUUAUUUAAUAAUGAACAUUGCAUAAUGUUGUCACUAGGAUAAACAUCCUGAAACGGAUGAUAUGCAUCAAAUCUGUUUUCAUUUGGCACUUUUGUUCACUACUGAUAUCAAAUGUGGAUAUGCCUUGGCAAUUCAAGACUAAGGAAUGUGAAUGGUUUCAUACUUCGAAAACAAAAUCCAGUAGUUCCAGUUAAUUACUGCAAGCUGAAUUUUAUGAAUUUGUGAAGAUUAGAAAACGUUUCGUCUGUUCAUAUAUGUUAUAACUUAUUUAUAAACUCAUCUGUGGUAACUUUCAGAUAUGUACAAUAUUUGCUAUUGCUUCAUAGUUAAUUCUGGAAACUGUUGGGCCUGUUGUCUGUGUUACUGCACGAGCAUGAGAAUAUACUCAUACUCGUAAAUUGCGUAAUUAACCUUGACGACCUUCAUAACAGUGUUUCAUAUAGGAUUUUUUUUUAAAUUCAUAUAAAUAAUUUAAACCUAUAAAACCCAUAAUUCGUUAGCAUGCAUCACAAUUUUCAGAACUUGCACUUUCUAAUUUUAUGUGAGUUAAAAAUACCUCUGUCUACAAUCGUAAAAAUGAUAACAUCCCCACUUGUUAGUCGAAAUUUUGCUAUAUAUUUUUUUGUGUAUGGAGGUAGCAGUGGAAACAGAUCAUUGCACAAUUAGUAAGCAAUGUAAUUAAGUUUCAUAUAGUAUGCAUAUCUUGGAUAUCAGUAUUUUAGUUGUACUUAAACGUCGGAUCCAAACCAUAUACAUAACGAUCGUUAAGUUUACGACAUACAGUUCUAUCACUGUCCAUGGUGUCUUGUGUUAAUGUCGAUUUAAAUAUGGUUUACAAUUUUAAAAAAAUUUAGGUAUCUUAUUCAGAGCUAGAUUUCAAGUCUCUUCACUAAGUAGCUAGCAAGUAGCGUGUAUGUUGAGUCACUAAGCCUGUGUGACAUGAGGUCAGUACAUCUGCUCCAUCAGCAACAAGGUGUGCAGAAAACAGUUUUGUAACGAACAUUUUUCAAAUAUAAAUUAUAAUUUUUAGAUUCUAAAUUAUGCAAGAAUUAUACGUGACUUGAAUUUACUGUCAGCACCGAAUAAUACAGAAAAUAGGAAAAAUUGGUACAUAAAUUUAGCCCCAUAUUUAAGCAUCACACAAUAACGAUGCAUCUCAUAAGGCAGUUUGUUACAGAUUCCUAAAUUGCAAGAAGCAAUAUUUUUCUCGGUGUAUUUUGUAUCUGUGCGGUGUUCUUUGAAAAGAAUACGAUACAGGGUGUUACAAAUUUUGAAAUGCAACUUGCGUCUAUAUAGGAAGAAUUUCAUUUCACAAUACAAUAAGAAUUAAAGGAAAUGCAGGUUUUUCUCUCGUCAUAAUUUAUGGCAGCAGUGUAUUUCGGUCACUGUUUGGUGGCAACAUUUAUUCUUGCAUGGAAAUGGAAGAGGAAUGGUAAUGCGGUGGAAACAUAGGUACUUGAAUGAAUGAAUGAAUGAAUGUAUGAGGGGUAGGCCCUGCCAGCCCCCGCACCGCGACCUACAGUGGUCUGUUGUGCUUAACAAAGGUACUUGCUGGGAAAUCUGAUUCACGUAAUCGGCCGUUAAUAGAGCUUGGUGAAGAUUUUGUCCGUUGUAGAAAUACAACGCUUUGGAUUUCCCAGUGAGUUAAGUUCUGAAUAUUAAUUUAUGCGGUUAAUAUUUCUCAUGAGACGAGAGAAAAACCUAGACAUCUAUCGGCAAAGACUAGCCUGAACCAAUAAAGAUUUUUUUCAGUGCAUAUAAAAUUUUAGUAAAUAAAUUACACAUUUAAGACUUUAUUUUCCACCAGAAUGAACAAAAUUAGUAGUCGAAAGGAGACAUAAUUUAAAUUUCAUCAAUGUGCGCUCUUAUUUCGAGCGCCUUGUUGUAGAAGCUAUACCACUGAAAAAGAACUAGGUCCGUUGAUUAUCCGUGCAUGUAACUUUUUUAAAAUGUUGAACUAAGUAUUUAUUAUUAUAAAUAAUUUCUUUGUACUAUACCGUAUUCAUAUGCAGUAUUUUUGUUUACUUUGUUACAUUUUCAUAAAAUUCUGUUUUACAUACCUUUCAGUCAUCAUGAAAUAAAACUUACCGUAUGUCAUU